AUAGAAGCAGGAAUCAACCCCGAAAAUCUACCCCCUUCUUAUCUGGAUAAGUAAUCAUAUUCGCCAACAUCAAGGGGAAUACUCAAAUCAAUGGCGGGCGGUAAACAAAGCGCGGCGGGGGUUCCUCUGCUGGAAAAGGCCGUGGGGGCUUCGAGGGGUCAGACGCUCGGAAACAUAAUCGUCUCGGUUGUUGGGACCGGAGUUCUUGGCCUUCCGUAUGCUAUGAGAAUCGCUGGUUGGCUUGCUGGCUCGCUUGGCGUCAUUGUCACUGGGAUCUCCACCUACUACUGCAUGCUCCUCCUUGUGCAAUGCAGGGAGAAAUAUGCAUCAGAAGAAGAUUCAGUGGUUAAAAAGUCUUAUGGUGAUUUGGGGUAUGAAUGUAUGGGAAGGAAAGGUCGUAUUCUGACCGAAUCCUUGAUUUUGAUUGCUCAGUGCGGGGGCUCUGUGGCUUAUCUUGUGUUUGUUGGCCAAAAUGUUUCAUCUAUGUUCAAUGGCCAUGGAAUCUCGGUUAAUUCUUGCAUAUUUUUGCUAGUGCCGGUGGAAAUUGGGUUAUCUUGGAUAGGUAGUCUAUCUGCUUUAGCUCCCUUCAGUAUCUUUGCUGCCAUCUGCAAUUUGUUGGCUAUGGCAAUUGUGGUAAAGGAAGACAUACAGCAAGCUGUAGAGGGUGAGUUUUCUUUUAGGGAUAGGACGGCGAUCACAUCAAAUAUAGGAGGAUUGCCAUUCGCAGGAGGCGUUGCAGUGUUUUGUUUUGAGGGGUUCGGGAUGACAUUGGCUUUGGAAGCCUCUAUGAAAGAUAAAACCCAGUUCCCAAAAUUGCUUGCUCAGGCUUUCACAGGGAUAAGCAUUGUCUACGCUUUGUUUGGAUUCUUUGGAUACAUGGCUUACGGUGAUCAAACAAGAGAGAUUAUCUCUCUCAAUCUCCCUCAAAAUUGGUCUUCCAUAGCCGUUCAGAUUGGCUUGUGCUUGGGUUUAGUAUUUACAUUCCCGAUCAUGCUCCACCCAAUAAAUGAGAUCAUAGAGGGAAACAUAACAAAAGAUUCAUCUACAAGACUGGGAAAAUUGGGAAUAUACAUGAGUCGAGCAAUGGUGGUGAUGGUGUUGGCCAUCUUCGCCUCAUGUGUGCCCGGAUUUGCAGUGUUUGCUUCACUUGUGGGAAGUACAGUAUGUGCACUGAUAUCAUUUGUAUUGCCAGCCACAUUUCAUUUAAAAUUAUUUGGUUCUUCCCUACAGUUCUGGCAGAAAGCCUUGGAUUUCUUCAUUUUACUGUGUGGAUUACUUUUUGCGGUAUAUGGUACUUACAAUGCCAUUGUCGGUGUAUGAACUGAUCACUCAAAACACACAGACGUUGUUGCAGCCAUUGAUGAAUUAGUACUUUACAUGCAAGACACAGAUGAAUAGAAAGAGCAGAAGGAGACAACCUUCAAAAGAUACUGUAUUCUGUAUCUAGUAUCUGAAUUAGAUGUAGCACAGUUCUUCUAAUAUUGUACCUUAUUGAUUGUCAGUGGAGUAUGGACUUCAGAUGUCUUUUU